GCGCGAAAUUUAAAAUUCCAAUUUCAAUAGUCUUAAAUUACAUUUGUUCUGUUAUCGAGUAUUUGAACUUAUUAAAGGGACUUAAAUAGUGUGAUAGCCCUUUAUCCCCCCUCGAACAAGAAAGUUCCCGUUUUAACCUAAAGGGCGUGUUUUUAAAGAUAUAAGGGCUUCUUCAACCCUAAGUAUAGUGGCGCCAUCUGUUGUCGAGUAGUUGAACUUCAUUGAAAGUAUUCUACAGCAGCAGAACCUAUUGUCACGGCAGACGAUAAUAUCGAGAACAUUCUAGAAGAUAUGAGAAGGAAAAUAUUCUAAAACUUUCUCGAAUAUUCUAGAGCCUAGCUCUCUGAAUAUAUAAGAGCCCGGUGUCGCCCGCCAGAGUCAGUUCGAUUUGAACAGUGAAACAAGCGAUUUCGAAACGAGAAGGAAAGAAGUUAUCUGUGAGCCUUUAUUUUGAAGUAUCACGUACGUACAGAGAAGCAUGUCAACGCUUAGGAUUAUUGGAAAACGAUAACCACUGGGAAUUAACACUACAAGAAGCCACACUCACAGCUUCAGCUGAACAAAUUCGAGAGUUAUUCGCCAUAAUUCUAACAACAUGUAACCCAUCAAACCCAAAACAGCUAUGGGACUCUUUCAAAAGGAGUAUGAGUGAUGAUAUAUUGUACCAAAUCCGACAAGCUAAUCCAGAACUGACUAUAGAAUUCAAUGACGACAUAUUCAAUGAAACACUCAUUCGUUUAGAAGAUAAAUGUUUAGCAAUAAAUAACCAAGCCUUAGUAGAACUUGGAAUGCCAACACCACAAAGAAAUGCUUUCAAUGUGCUAAACUACGAAAUUACAAAGGAAAAAAGCUAUAACGUCAAUGAACUACUUGAGUACAUUGCUCACAACAAACCACUUCUCAAUGACAAUCAAAAAAAUGUUUACAACGUUAUAAUGAACCGAAUAAAUAAUAACACUGGUGGAAUUAUUUACUUGGACGCACCAGGAGGCACCGGUAAAACGUUUCUAUUAAAUCUACUAUUGGCGGAAAUACGUGCUACAAAACACAUCGCACUGGCACUAGCAUCAUCCGGCAUUGCAUCCACACUUAUGGAAGGAGGACGAACUGCCCAUUCUGCCUUACAACUACCGUUGAAUAUAGCCGAACAACAAUUCCCGGUAUGUAAAAUCUCAGGAAAAUCUGGACGAGGUCAACUUCUAAAACAAGCUAAAAUUAUCAUCUGGGAUGAAUGCACCAUGUCCCAUAAAAAAUCACUAGAAGCCAUGGACAGAACAUUACAAGAAUUGCGAAAAAACUCUGAAAUAAUGGGAGGAGCUCUACUCAUACUCUCAGGAGACUUUCGACAAACACUUCCAGUUAUUCCCAAGUCAACACCAGCAGACGAGAUCAAUGCAUGCUUAAAAAAGUCACAUCUCUGGCCACAAGUACAAAUACUGCAAUUAACAAAAAACAUGAGAGUUGAAUUAUCAAAAGAUGAAACAACAGCAUGUUUUGCUAAAAUACUUUUACAAAUAGGCGAAGGUCCUACUGAUCAAACGAGCGGCCUCAUAGAACUCAAUAGUGAUUUCUUGUUCGCCUGUCUCUUUGAACCAUGGUGA